AUGUACCAAUACUGUUUCUCAUGUGGAUCGGACGCACAGACCAUUCAUUCCGCCGUUCGAUAUUCCAAGAGAUUCAUCUUUUCGAAAAUGGCCAACCCACGAAUGCAUUCCAUCGGUCCGACUGUCGUCGGCUUAGGUAUCAUACCCUUCUUGCCCUCAUUAUUCGACGAGCCAGUGGAACAUCUUGUGGACAAGACUUUCGACCAAAUCGAGAGGAAAAUCUUGGGCGGAAUCGUCCCUGAACGCUCGGAUGUCGCCAAGCCCAAAGCAGAAUGA